UGAAUUCGCAAGAUUAUUGAGUUCAAAUAUCACUAUAGUUUUAUAAGCUAGUAGUUCAAGGUUUCUUUUGCCUGUAUUCGGCCAGAAAAAGAUCACAGUUCACCAAAUUUAGAUAGUCUAUAAAUAAAUAUAUUUUAAACCAAACAAAAAUUAUGGAAUGGUGUCCUCAUUCAGACAACAUCAUGGCAUCAAAAUCCAGAAUAUAAAGAAAAAUUAGAUUAAAGCAAGGUGUUCUGGCAUUCAUCCACAACAUAGCACCAGCACCAGCACCACUUCAUCACAAGAUAAGAAUAUAAGAGCGGUGCACGCACCAACGACGGUUAUAGCAAGCAUGCAUGAUCUAAGUAGAUCAGAUUGCCAACCAUAUAAUAUCUAAAGAUCAAGAAUCAGAAUAUGAUGCUGAAAAAAUAUCAAAUGCAGCAAAAUGCAUAAAGUUAAGCUACAAAUGCCACCUUUUAUAAUGUGAACGCUGAAAAGAAGAAUAAGUGUUGGAUGUAACACAAGAUAGAGGGCAUCGAUCCUAGUAAGCAGCAUUUUUUCUAUAUAAACAGCAAUUCACAGGCAAAUUAACAGUAAGCUAGUGUUCGUUCUGUCAUCUACCUUAAUGGGUGCCGGGUCAUCACAAGAUCAGGAGUUGGAGCCAAAUGGUGAAGAAUUAAGCAAGAAUGGGAAACAAAGCAAGAAGGGUGAAGCCAAAGCAAAUCAGAGUAGCAAACGAGUUUCGUUACCUCAUAACUGUGAAGAUAUUCUGAAGCAUGCUGCUUCGCCCGUUGAUAUAUCCGCGACAAAUAUCCAGGAAGUACUUUAUACAGGUGUUUACUUGAACCAGAAGCGGAAGAAGUACUGGGUUGAUAAGCAGUCAAACUGCAACUGCUUCAUGAUUUUUGCACAAAGUCUUUCGAUAACUUGGGCGGAAGAUCAAAGGUUCUGGCACUGGCCCUUGCUGAAAGAAUCAAGUGACGAACAUCUUGCAGCUGCUGAACUGCUCGACGUUUGCUGGCUAGAGGUACAUGGAAGAUUCGAGAUAGAAAACCUCUCACCAGGAAGACUGUAUGAAGUUGUAUUCGUUGUGAUGCUGAAGGAUCCUGCUUACGGAUGGGAAGUUCCUGUGAAUCUGAGACUCACUUUACCCAACGGAACUAGACAAGAACAUAAGGAAAAUAUGAUGGAGAAGCCAAGAGGAAUCUGGAUAGACAUCCCAGCAGGAGAAAUCAAAAGCUCAGCUGAGAAGACUGGAGAGAUGGAGUUCUCUUUAUAUGAAUAUGGAGCAGAAUGGAAGAGAGGGCUCUUAAUAAAAGGAGUUAAGAUUCAGCCAAAAGCUUGAGUUCAGAAACAUUGGGGUAUUUCUCAACAUGGAAUCAUUACUUCCAUAUAACGAGGAUUUAUAAGUUUCUGCUUUAGUAGGAUUAGCGAACAAGUGGAAUAAUAAUUGCAUCCACUUUCAUAAUCUGAAGUGGAGUUAUUGAUUAAUGCUUCUUCAGACUAACAUAAUGGAAGGUAGAUAUUGCAAUUUUAA